AUGCUAGCGAAGCAGGGCAUCUCUGUCACAAUUGUUGAGCAAGCCGAGAAGCUUGACGACAGACCUCGAGCCACCCAUUAUGGCCCUCCAGCUAUGAAAAUUCUGAACUCUGCUGGUGUUGGUGACGAGGUUCGCUCAAAGGGCUUCAUCGUCGACACAGUGGCAUGGCGGCGCUUGGAUGGGUCGUACAUCACUGGCAUCAGCCAUGAGACUCAGAAGGACAGUGCUGAUCGAAUGGUCGCCCUGCCACUGAGCCAACUGGCCGAGGUCUUGUAUGACCAUGCCAAGGCUCUGCCCAAGAUCCAGUAUCUAUUCAACCGCAAAGUGGUUGACAUUGGCCAGGACGAGUCAAAAGCCUGGAUCGAUACAGUCGACCAAACCAACGAUGAACAGUCUCGACUGGAUGCUGACUACGUCGUCGGCUGUGACGGCGCCAGUAGCAUUGUACGGCGUUCGCUGUUUGGAGACUGGAAGUUUCCAGGUAAAACAUGGGAUGAGCAAAUCGUCGCUACCAACGUGUAUUACGACUUUGAAAGAUUUGGCUUUUGCGAUUCCAACUUCAUCAUCGACCCAGAGCACUGGUAUAUGGCUGCCAAGAUUACCAAGGAUGGCAUGUGGCGUGUGACAUAUGGAGAGGCAUCCGGUCUAAGCCAUGACGUGCUGAAGGAGAGACAACCUGAGAAGUUUCGAGCGAUGCUUCCAGGUCAUCCAGAUCCGAGUCAGUACAAGCUGGUCAACAUCAGCCCUUACAAGGUGCACCAACGGCUAGCAGAGAAGCUCCGUGUCGGCCGAUUUAUCCUCGCUGCCGAUGCAGCCCACCUAUGCAACCCUUUCGGCGGCUUGGGGUUGACUGGUGGCAUCGUGGAUGUGGCCGGAGUGUACGAGUGUCUAGUAGGAAUCUAUACUGACCGAGCGGAUGCAUCCAUUCUGGACAUCUAUAGCGACAUCCGCCGCAAGAAGUACCAAGAAAUUGUAGACCCCAUCUCCAGCUCCAACCUCAGACGUAUGUUUAGCGUGCACCCAGACAAGGUUUUAGAGACAGACGAGUUUCUUCAGAUGUGCAAGAAAGCUGCGAACGACCCCAAACUCGCUUCAGAACUGCUUCAGAGUGCCCAUCUUCUCAACUACGACUUUACUCAACAUUACACGAGAUGA